AUGAUCUGCCUUGCAGGCGUGCGAAUUGAAAUGAAUACCGAAUUCAACCCCGAUCCCACGCAAACAGUCAUCAAGGUGGACGUCACACCCACGGGCACCGGAGGGAUGGCAGCGUCAACAGAGACAAGGAAGAUGGACUGGGCACCGUUCGAGAAAAACGACUUUCUGUUUGGGCUCUGCCAGGAACGCAGCGAGUUCGUUCGCGGAAGUAAAGAUGACCAGGGCAGAGAGUAUCCGAGCGUCGAUAUGCAGACCGAAGUCGGCGAUCUUAGGGCUGGGAGGUUCCUGCGGGGGGAAAUCAAUGAGCACGGAAGCGAGACCGAGUGGGAUGUUUCUCGGCAGGUACUUGGAGAUGAGAAGAAGGGGGAGGAGGGAAACGAAAGUGUCUGGGUCCAUACGUUUGUGAGGAACUUGAAUGGGGGGAAUGGGUGGACUGCAGAGCAGAUAUGGGGCUUUGAAAUAAUUGAUGGUGAGCGGUGUCAUACUCGACGGGUCGUCGUCGCGAAUAAGAAGGGUCAAUAUGUGCUGGCGCGAUUGGUGUACAAGUAUCUCGCGGAUGGAACAGGUUCGAAGGGUUAA